AUGCUGGUGUUGGCAUUAGCGCUGUGGAUUGAGGAGGAGUUGUGUGUCAGUCCACCUCAGCUUAGUUCACAUGUGUUAGGAGAGGGCAGCGCAUCGAUAGCACAGGCUUUACGCUUUGUGACUGAAAUGUUGACUCACAAGUCAUAUCAAGACUCAUCCAAUUGCAUGAUCUCUGCCCCGAACUACACGAACAUGACUUCGUCGAUGAGUCCCUCCAUGUCGUACACCAUGUCCUCCAUGUCUCAGAUGAAUAUGAGUGGCUAUUCACCGGCGCAGUCCUUCACCUCGAACAUGAUAUCGUCGACUGGGGUGCCGAUGGGCACGAGUGUCACAGCGCCUACACCCACAGGUAUGUCCGGCAUUCCCGGCUCGGGCGGCGGUCCCACAGGCGGCCCAUGUAUGUCACCGGCGGCGGGAAGUACUGUCACACCGCUGUCGUCGAUGAACUCACUGAACUCGCACGCCAUGAACGGCAUGACAUCACCGACUUGUAUGGGAUCCAUGACUUCGAUGAACGGCGGACUGGUGUCGAGCCGGGAGUUCGGGUCGUCUUCAUCGUCGGAACCGAUGAGUUCGGGCGCCAACGCACUGCUGCAGAGGGCUCGGGCUGACAAGUCGUACCGGCGCUCCUACACGCACGCGAAGCCUCCCUACUCGUACAUCUCGCUCAUAACGAUGGCCAUCCAGAACUGUCCCUCGCGAAUGCUGACCCUCAGUGAGAUCUAUCAGUUCAUAAUGGAUUUGUUCCCAUAUUAUCGUCAGAAUCAACAGCGAUGGCAGAACUCGAUCCGACAUUCGCUUAGUUUUAAUGACUGUUUUCUCAAAGUCCCGCGAACUCCCGACAAACCCGGGAAAGGGAGCUUUUGGACACUACAUCCCGAUUCG